UUUUGAAGUGCUUCAACCGGAAACGUAUUUCCUAUCAACAUGGCGGCACCUGCCAGAAACAGUUCGAGCUGUUGGGAUGUCCCAGAUGUUUAUAAACACCACGAGCAGCAGAAGAUAUGCAUUUCUCGACCUAAAUAUAGAGAUGGAAGAAAAGAUAAAGCUGUUAAGGUGUACACCAUCAAUUUGGAGUCACGUUACCUGAUGGUCCAAGGGGUCCCCGCCAUCGGGGUGAUGCCAGAGUUGGUCCAACUGUGUGCCCUGUACGGAGCGGUGGAGGAAUACAGGCCCCUGGAUGAGUACCCUGCUGAGGAAUUCACGGAGGUCUACCUUGUCAAGUUCCAGAAACUCACCAGCGCCAGAGCUGCCAAAAGACGAAUGGAUGAGAAGAGUUUUUACGGCGGUGUGCUGCAUGUGUGCUACGUCCCGGAGUACGAGACCGUGGAAGACACUAGGCUGAAGCUUCAAGAUCGGAGGAGAUACGUGGUCAGGGCUGUUCAGAGUAAAGCAAGAGAAAGGAAGCAGAAGGAAGACGUUAAUGAGGAGACCACGUUAUCAAACACAGCCACCACGUCAGAGGCCAUUUCCAGACGUCAUAAAACGUCUGACAAUGACAAUACAGAGAAGACUUCAAACAUCAGCCACUAUACAGACUUUCCUCCACUGCCAUUACCUCCCCGGGAAUAUAAUUACUUCCUGCAUAAAAAUCAUCAUGAGACCAUACCUACAGAAGACAAAAUGGGGACAUUGCAUAAUGCCGUCAUCUACAAAAAACAGCAGCAAGGGCACAGUUCAAGCUCCAGCCAAACCUCUUUAGGCACUGACACAGAGCGCGGACUGACCUCAAGUCAGUCUUCUGCCGUUGUCAGAUUUGUCCCUAGAACCACACACUUAGAGAAUCGGAAACGCAAGUUGAAAAAUGCAGCAGAGCACUCACCAACAGAUGCUGCUAUGAACAAUGAGAUACUUAUUGGUCCAAAGCUACCAGAACCUCCCAAAGGGGACAUGGAGGAUGAGUCACUAAACACAACUGUAAGCCUGAUCAGGAGCACGAUGAAACAGGUGGAAUCCGUUCCCGUCCCCAAACCAGUAGAAAAAAAGCUGAAACCACGUCGUCGGAUUUGAUCUGCAGUAACAAGCUUCCUUAAUGAUGGAAUUUCUGCGUAGCUGGCUGGCUUUUUUUUUUUAGAAAUAUACCAGUCAAAGUGUUUCCCUUGGCAGAGGGUUUUUAUUUACAAAUGUUGCUACACAAUUCAAACAGCAAAUACAUUUUUAUUAAAGAAUGUUUCUGAAAUA